AAACAUAAGAUACAUUUGAAAGUUAACAAAGACUUUAAAUGGAAUUUGACAUAUUGAAACAAAAUACGCAAUGCAACGGUUCUUUUUUCUUUACCCAUGAGUUGGUCACAUGAUCGAAUGAUCAUCAUGUCACAAGGGAAACAACAUGGCUGCUUACUUGUGUUUUAUAUUUAUCUCUCGCUAGUGGUAUUAGCUGAUAAACGCCGAACUUAUUUGUAUAAUAAUUUAUACAGUUAACGAUAGUAUUGACGUCCUUUGAAUUAGGUAUAUGUUCACUGUGAAGUAGCUUGACAAAAUAUAUAUUUCUCUUGACAGUUGCGAAGCUUGACAGCAGUCUUCCAGUCACAGUCAGGUGGAUUUAGCCAUGGCUUCGUCGUUUGUGGUCGGGGAUUCAUUCAGAAAUAAGGUGGCGGAAUUAUUAGAGAAGACUGACUCGUGUCUGCCGCAGAGAUUGAUGGAAGAACUGGAGGAGACACUUGGAAAAACAGAACCCACAACCCUGUCCUUCAGUACAGCCAGAACACUGAAGAAGUACCUCCAUGACAAUGGGCAUCCCUUCUACCUGCAUGAGGUUUUGGAGGAAAGCUCGCUGCACCUGCCUGAGAUUGUGAAGCCUCCCAGAAACCCAGUUCUCGUCGCACGUCUUGAGAGGAUCAAAGCCAAGCUGGCCAAUGAGGAAUACAACAGAAUCACACGAAAUGUCAACACUCAGGAAAUCGACCGCAAUGGAUCGCUAGCAGAUUUUGGACGGGAAAUGCGAUCAGUCAAAGCAGUGGUGGUGACAAUAUUCAACUUCCUGGUCACAGUGGUUGCUGCUUUUGCCUGUUCAUAUAUGGGGAGUCAGUACCUGUUCACUGACACUGCAGCGCGAGUAUUAGCGGCUGUGAUCGCUGCCUCUGUUGUGGGGCUCGCUGAGCUGUAUGUGCUGGUCCGGACCAUGGAGGGGGAACUAGGAGAACCAUAGCCGCUAUGCACACAGAACCAGGGACCUGUGUCAGAACUUAAAGCGGAACGUCGGCAGCCCCAACAGGCCGACUGAUUCAGAACAGACAUUUGACUUUGCCUAGGAAACCCUACAGACUUGUUUUCUUUUUAUUUGACAGGAAAAUAUGUGAGAUUUUUGUGCAAGGUCAGAGUUACUGAGAAUUUAAAAAUACAUUUUCUAGAAGCAAUAAAUGGAUGCUUCAACAUUCCAAGAAAGCUAAUUGGUUCAAAAUUAAUAUUGGUCGCUUUAUCUGACAUUACAUACCACCUGACCAGACUUUCUUUUCAUUACAUUUAAAUAUAUUUAUUUACAGCUCUUCUUCCAUUUUAAAUGUUCUUCAUCCAACAACCUAAAUAUAAAUGUUUAUUUACUUAAUGUACAUUUUCAAUUUUGUUCUCAGAUCAUGUAAUCAUAUUUGUGUGUGUAAAAAAAUCAUCUGGAUUAACUAGUUUAUUCCUACAAUUGGUAAUCCACCAGUUAGUGUUGCCUUCCAGCGUUCACCCCGUGGGCCUGUGGUCGAGGACAGGUAAAAUGCAGGCCGGGGGCCGCUGCUCAAUCUGUAGGGCUUGGCUUGGGAACCAAAGGGUUGCCUUUCAUGUCCCGAUCGGAUCAAAAAUACAUAGUCUUGACUGCUAGCUGCAGAGGUGCCAGUUCCUCUCCUGGGCGACGAAAAAACGAACAACCCCUUCGCUCUGUCACCUCUAAAUCAGUGCAUGUCACUACAAUGGGCAUAUGUGUGUACAAAAACAGAGUAAAGAACUGAAUUUCCCUCGGGGAUUAAUAAAGUGAUCUUAAUCUUAAAAACUCUUAUCCUUUAGAUUGUUUUUGUGUGAGUUGCAAAGUGUUGGUUUAUUGAGCGUGGAGAUUCUGCCUUGGAACCAGAAGGCCCUCGCCUUGUUGUUCUGAAGCUAAAAUGACAAUUGAAAAACUCAAUGUAUCUUUCCUGAAUUCAUGACCUAGUUACUUAAAAUAAUUGGCAGGCCUUUUUGUCAGCAAUUUAAUGCAGCACAUUUUAGUUUCUAUCAUAUUACUGCACAAAAAUAAUUGUGCAUCUACUCUCUUCAGCGAGUUCACAUUAAAGUUUGAGCAACCUGGUUAUGAUUUCUGGAAGAAGUCAUUCCUGUUGAGUUUUUCAUACGCAACAAGCUUAGUGACCGUGUUCCAUUUGAUUACAGAGAAGGCAGAUAUCUACAACACUUUACAUCGUACAUCAACUAUGGACUAUUAAAUAGCACUACAGGUCAAAGAACAUUUUUAUUUUUGAUGUAAACUGUCCUUUUAAGCCAGGGGUGUCAAACUC